GUUUAAACUUAUGAUGCUCCGUAAAUGCUACCGUUAUGAAUGAAGUGCACGAAAACAUGGUUGUUUUUCAGCGUUCCUUUGAGUUUUUUAACUUUAGUACACAAUUACAAGUAAUGUAAUUAUGAAUAAAUUCAGAAAUACAUUUUAAAAUAAAAAUCAAUUUUUUUGGUUAUACUGAAAUUUAUGAAUAACCUACCGUUAAUGUCAAGAAGUGCUAAGACAGUUCAGUUGUUACAAGAAAUAAACAUGUAUUUUAAACACAUUUAAUGUUCUAAGUAAGUGCAUUUAAUGGUGUGAUAGUUUAUCUAAGCGAUUUUGUUGUAUUAUCAUUAUAUGGUGUUCAGGAUGGUUGUUGGUUCAGCGGCUUAUCCGGGGAGACAAGUGCUCCACAAAAUGCAGCCUAUGGGCAUGACGCCCCGCGAGUUGUCCGAAUACGAUGACAUAGCCACGGCACUUAUAGUGGAUCCUUAUCUUGGUAUUACAACACACAAAAUGAACAUUCGGUACCGACCAUUAAAGGCAAAUAAGGAAGAAUUAAAAAAUAUAAUCAAGGAGUUUAUUCAAACUCAGGACUACAAUAAGGCUUACUCAAAGCUAGCCAGUGGUGAAUGGAUGCCUAGACAUUUUAGUAAAAAUAAACAUCAACAGAACAAGUUGAGAGAACAUAUAUACCGUUAUCUUCGAAUUUUCGAUAAGAAAGCUGGAUUUGCAAUUGAGCCAUGUUAUAGGUAUUCAUUAGAGGGUCAGGUUGGGGCUAAGAUUUCUACAACAAAAAAAUUUUUUAAGCAUGAAAGAAUUGAUUUUUUGGUUGGCUGUAUAGCUGAGAUGACUGAAGAAGAGGAAAAACAGCUUCUUCAUCCUGGGAAAAAUGAUUUUUCAGUUAUGUAUAGUUGUAGAAAGAAUUGUGCUCAAUUGUGGCUGGGUCCUGCUGCAUAUAUUAAUCAUGACUGUAGGCCAACAUGUACAUUUGAAGCGACUGAUCGUGGUAAGGCCUUUGUUCGUGUGUUGAGGGAUAUUGAAGUUGGUGAGGAAAUAACAUGUUUUUAUGGUGAGGACUUUUUUGGUAAUGGGAAUUGUUAUUGUGAAUGUGAAACAUGUGAGAGACGUGGAAAAGGUGCAUUUUCUGUUCAAAAUGCACAUAAUGAUGAACAAGCAACUAGGUAUAGAUUUAGAGAAACAGAUAAUAGAAUAAAUAGGACAAAAGCAAAACAAACUCAGAAAGCGAUUAAUGGUAAAAAUCCAGAAAAGGCUCAAAUAUCAAACAGACAAGUUUCUAAUAUAGUAUCUCCACUCAGUAUGAAAGAAAUGAAACAAAAAGGCUUAACAAAGUAUGAUGCGGAACUACUAAUAGCUCAGGGGUGUAUUGCAGAUGUUGUAGAUGGAACUGUUAGUAAAGAAGCUCAGAGUAGCAGAGAAUCCUCAGCAUCAAGUCGUGGCGAGCGCUUGCGCCGGCGGACUGACAGCAACCGCACACAGAAUGGAGCUAUGCCCACUGCCUCAGCUCAAAGUAGAGCACCGCCUACUCGCUGUUGUAGUAUUACUAGUUCUCGCAGCAGUCGCGAUUCACAUUCUGGUAUUGUUUUGAGGAGUCAUAAACGUCUCACUGACAAUAAUUGUUCCCAGUCAACUUGUACAAAAAGUAAGAAUUCUACAAAAACUGUUUCUGAAGAUAAAUUAAGUGUAGAUCCUAAUAUUAUGACAUCUGAAACUUAUUCUGACAUUACUAGUGUAGAAACUAACAAUUUAGGUAUUAAAACUGAAACUGCCCAAGAUCCACAAAUAGAACAUUGUGUAUCUGAACCACAGCCUGUUACUUGUAGUGAAAUGGAUCUAUUGUCUACAGAGAAUAAAUGUGAUACAAAUGAAUCUCUGCAGGAAAGUACUGAAAUGCCUUUAUUAGUUACAUCGAAAGCAGAAACUCCUGAAUCAGAUAAUUUAAAUACAAAAAAACAAGUUUUAGAUAAUGUUAAGUGUGCAAGUGAUGAUGCAUGUAUAAAAAGUGAAAUUUGUGACUUUAGAGAAAAUGUUAACCCAAGUGAAUCUAAGGAUAGUAAAAUAAAUAAGCAUCACAAAAUUGAUGUGUCAAAUAGGAAUGAAGAAACAAAGAAAGAAUCAGAGUCAGGACCUCCAUGGUUGGCAGACAACUCUAAUAAGAGCAGUGAGUGCCCUUGUACCCCUCCACGGCGUGGCUUGAAACUAACUCUUCGUGUUAAGCGCAGUCCAGUUGUUGAGGAAGUAAUGGAUUGUGGAGGCCCAGCUGAAGCGCCUGAAUAUGAAGUGCUAAGGUUAGAAGGUGUAGAUCCUGAAACAGCGCGGCGACUAAAGAAAAGACGUCGGUCUAAAGAGCGGCACCGCAAGCAUAGUCCUAUCCGUCCCCUGCCUCCUAUGAAACGCUUAAGAUUAAUUUUUGGUAAUGAGAGUCGUACUAUUGACUUGCCUCCUGCUAUAUCAGCAGACUGACAGCCACAAAUAGCAUUGUGGUUAUGUUUCCACCGUUAAUAUUCAAUUAUUAGUUUAAUUAUUAUUGUCACUGACUAGGAUUAUUUUAUCUAGUAUUUAUUAUUGUGACGUGAAGUUGAAUUCAAGUAUUGUGAUAGGUAACAAAUUGUUUUAAUUGAUAAAUUCAUGAAAAUAUUUAUUAAGAAAUAAAGUUGAAUUGUGUUAUUUCAAUUAACUGACAAAAUUUUAUGCUUAAACUAAGGUUUCUCUAUGGUUUUGUAAAAUAAGUAAUUAAAGGUACUGAUUUGCAUUAUUCUUAUUUCUUAACUAAGAAUGUGUAUACUUUAUCUUUUUUCCAGCUUUAAAUUUUUUAAGAAAUGUAUAAAAUUUUGUACCUAUACAUUCUAUUCCAUGCAUGUAAAGUAUUGACAGUGUAAAUUUUCUGAUUUAAAAUUUUCUAAGAUACUUAGAAACUUGUAUAUAUGUAGUUAAUAUGUAUAAUGUAAAAUGACGAAAAUUCAAUAAAUUUUGACAUAAUUAUAAACAAAAUGUACUGCUGGAAUUACUCAAAUUACCAAAAUUUGAAAAAUAUCACUAAACGCUAGUCUAAAAUUUAUGUAAACCGGUACAAAGCUUUAACAAGAUCCCAGUCAGAUAAUAGUUAAUUUAUUCCGUUUUUAAACCAAAAUAUCAAAAUAUUAGGAAAAGGAGAAGGUCCAUUCUUGCCCUGGUUCUGGUAGGAAUAAUAAAAAAUAAAAAGUUUCUGUAAAUAAUUUAUUUUAUGCAAUUAUUUAAAAGAUUAUCAUAAUGGCGCCAACAUGAAAUUUGGCAGUGAAUAUUGAAAAAUAAAACUACACUUAAACAUUUAUAGUUAAAAGAGUUUUGGCUCAUCUGUCAUUUUUACUUUUCUCUAAGUAAUAGUAGCACAUAAAACCUGUAUUAGGUAGGUACCUAUAUUUAUAAAUAGCUAAAAAUACGUGUAGUAAGAUAUGAAUACAAAUAAGUACUAAAUAAUAUUAAGUGUCAGUUUUCCGAAAUAUCAGCUACCAAAUUUGUAAUAGUAAGGCCAUCGGUAAAUAAUAAAAUUUGAACUUACGAAUUGGCUCUAAAAUUGUUUUUCAUUCAUUCAAGUCCAGAUUAACUUCAAAUGCAGUAAGCAAAACGUAGGUACAUUAAUGAAAAUCAGAGAUACCUUCACUGUAAAUUCAUACUAAUCAUAAAAUUAAAUUUGUUUUAACAUGCUAAUCUCUGUUGGUCUGUGUUGGAUUAGUAAAACAAAACUUCAAAUUAUGUUUUAUGUUAUUUUUUAGUUUAUCCAUACAUACUACCAGAAAAAUUUUGAUAGCUGGUAUGUCCAACACCUGACACCAGUCCAUUUUAGUCUUUUAUUUUGAUAUACAUACUUAUCUGUUUGGAUGCUAUAAAUUUUUGAAAAAGUAAAAAUGGCGGAGAUAUGUGUGCCAAACCCCAUUGUACAAUUUUCAAACUUCAUAAAUUAACUUUAUACACUACAAGUUAGUCCUAGACUGGAAUCUCAUCUGUUGGUAAGUGAUAAUGCAGUCUAAGAUGAUAGCGGGUUGACCUGUUAAUUAACCCAGGCGCCACAGAAUUAAGAACAUCCAGAAACCGUGCACACGACUCAUAUUGAAGCACCAAAAGCCACUCCUCUUUAUUGGUGUUUCUCAAACAGGUGGUAUACCAUUUGGUAGUUGAAAGUAAUUAUUUUACCUCUAAACGUAACGGUUAGUGAGCUAGCAACAUUCCGCGGGUGUAAAGUGAGCGGUACACGGACCGUCUUAACUGUUUUUGGUUACAAUUGGCUGACGAGCGUUCUGUAUUUUCUUAAUUCUGCGCUAUACUUCUAAUCGUUUUCUACGCGGCAUCGUACCGGAACAGUAAGGGAAAAUUAGAAGUUCGUGGCUUUUGAGUGCCUUGACCGCUCCCAGGUUUUAUACAUCUUGGACCAUCUCCUUUCACCCAAAGCAUUCUAAUUUAAGAGUCUAAUUCCGGCCUGAUGAAAAUGAACAUUUAUUAUUUUAUUGUUCUUAUCUUAUGUAAAAAUGUAAAUGGUUACGUAUGAUUUUAAUACGCAGGCGUUUUCACUAGAGUCCUGAAGGGAGUAUCAUAACAAUAAGAAAAGCUUAUUAGUAUGUAUUUUGGUUAACUUUUCCCAUGUAUUUCUUAGCCUAAUUGUUUGAUUUUAAAAAACCGUGUCUUAAUUGUUUUCUCAUCAGCAUUCCGCUUGUCGCGGGGUGUAUGACGUCAUGACAAAUUUACUACGGCGUAUCCCGUAUCCAUGGUGUCUGGCGCAAAGGAAAUAAGACACGAAAUUGGUAACAGGGUAGGUCGUUGCGUAAAUUACGAAAAUAUGUUAUUUUUUAUGUUUGUGCAAAUUAUUUCGUACAUAAAUCUCCUAACUCAACUUAUACCCUUUUCUAAGGAAAACUUUUAGAUAUGAGAUUUGAGUACACAAAACAGAAGUGGCACCACUGUUUUUAUAAAAAUCAAUUUCCAAGCUAUAGUGACUGAACCCAUAAACGGCAGGACCGAUUUAGGUGACAUCUUUUGUUAAUUUGAAUGGGCGGCCAAGCGGCGUGUCGGGGUUACGGACCUCGAGGCAAUUGAAUGGGCCCUGGAUCCAGUAGGUGGCGCUGCAAUCAGAGACAGUUUUAUUGUAAGAGCCCACUAUUAGGUUUAACUAAACCGUUUAUUCGUUGUAGUAUUUUGUUAUUUUUAAACAUCAAUUAUAGACAUGUAUAUAUGUACUUACCAGUUAUUUAAAUUUUUGAAACAUGGAUAAAAAAUUUACCACUAUACAUUCCAUAAAAUAAUGCUAAAAACGAAAAAAUAAACCCGAACGCUAUUUUAACAAUUUAAUUAAUUAUCUACCUUUUCUAGUACAUUAAGUUGUCUUUGUGCUUAUUUUACGAAUUAAAGAACGAUUUUGCGGGUUAUAUUAUGUUGGAAGAGAAAACUGGAAACUUGUUACGAACAAAAUGUUUAGUGUUAGCACUUAUGACUUAUGUAAAGGCACCUAAACCUCUAUAAUUUGUCUGGCUGAGAUCUAUGGAGCGUACUUUGAUUUGCGCAGUCAAGGUUACUGUUAAAACAGGUGUCAGGUUUAUGUCUGACAGUCUGAGCCAAGGGUUAGCACGCUUUGUAGGUGUCAGCUUUAGGCUGCCAGUCCACCGGAGCGGAGCGAGGCAACGGAGCCGAGAAACGGAGAAAUAUUAACCAAUAGGAUUGCACAAAAUCUCCGCUGCUCUUAAUCAGACACAGUACGCAACUGCGCUCCGCAUUAGUCCGUUUCUCGGCUUCGCUGCCUCGCUCCGCUCCGGUGUACUGGCAGCCUUAGUUUCUACACAUUGCAGUCCUUAAGCAAAGCGCGUUUGUAGAUUCAUAGGCUAAACUAUAUAAUUGUAUAAAUCAUUCUAAAUGAUGACGCGUAAUAUUUAACUGUAAAAGCAUUUUGGUAGUACUAUACCUACGAUCGGAUGGAAUAAAUAGUCAGAGUAUUACACAAUAGGUUUUUUUUUGCAGUUAUGGGCAAUUUUCAUAGUAUCAAAAGUGCGCAUCAUUUAAGAUAAUUCUGUAAAAUUAUAUAUAUGUACUGUUGGUGAUAUAUUUAUAUGUAAAAUAUACUUAAUUGCUAGUAAGAGGACAACUAGCUUUUGUGAUAUUCCAUAAAGGAAUAGUGUAUGUAAAAAUUAAUUAUGAUAAUAAAACGCCUCAACUCUUAA